AUGGAGGACCGCCUGGCAGCCUUACAGGGAAGACCUCCUCCCUCCCAAGCCCCUCCACCUGUGAGUCCCAGCAUUAGACUACACAUAUUAGACUAAAACUUGCUGUGUUGCUGCUGUUUGACCUCAUAUUCAUGCUGUAUCCAAAUCCUUCAGGUCUUAGUGAAGCCCCAUUGUUGCAGUAAGUUCGUUUUGUGGCUCUGUGCAGGUACACCAGCCCCUUGAUGUUCGGACCCAGACAGAAGAAGCCAAUGAUCUGAUCACUCAGUUGUUAGAGGAAAUUGACAUAGACACCCAACAACCAAAUCCCGAAGGUAUUUGGAUUCUUCCCCCCUGUAACUGUACCAACUUCAAUUAAAAAGUGGUAUGUGUGAGGUAUUACUGAUUUGGUCAGUAGUUUAAUCUUUAUUCAAAGAGAACAAUUCAAUGGCUUCCUACUCUAUCAAGCUGCUAAGUUCUGUUGUAAAUGCUAAAUCUAUUUCCCAACCAUCACCUUGUUUCUAUUCCAGGUGUGGACGGCCCCAUGAAUGACCUGAACAAACAGGAGGGGGACCGGCUGGAGGAGAACCUGGAUAAUGGGGGUGGGCUGCAGGAUGCAGCCAGGCAGCUGGAGGAUGAGAAGAACCGCCUGCUGGCAGACUCCAUGGAGGAUCUGAGACAGGACCGCUGCUCCCAGGAACAGGUCCUAUAGAUGUCCAAAAGGCUUGCCCAGCUCAAGGGACAGGACCAUGACAAGGGUAAAUUACUAAUUGUAGAUUGUUUCCCAUAUAAAUACUUAAUAUAGCAUCACACCUUAGCUAUGAGAGAAAUGGAGGAGAGGAAACCCUAUUUCAACAUUCACUGGGUGCUAUGUGUGAAUGCCUCAGUGUGGUCACGUGUUUACUUGUUUAGGUGAUGUCAUAUGUGUUGUGUUAUGUUUUCUAAUGUUGUGCUGUAACAGUGUUCUGUCAUGUUGUGUUUCAGUCACCAUGGAGGACUUCCAACACCCUGACAGCAAGGACAAGACUGAGAAAGAGGCCAUAACGAAGACACUGAAAAAGGUCCGCAACUAAAAGGAGAACCUACUUUAAAUAUGCACUCUCAAAGGAUACUUUGUUCUUUUACAUUCCUACCCAUGGUGGGGAUCAGAGUAUGUGAGCGAGGAGCGGAGUGUGCCCAAUUUGACUGGAGCGAGAUUCCCAAAGGCUGGAGCGUCGGCCUUCUCGCCCGCUCCAAUUUCGCUCCAGUAGCGCUCACUUCACGAGCUCAGGGCAUGCCCGGCCCAGCAUGCAUUUGUAGUCUACUUGUGUGCUACUAUAGCCCCUUGCUUUAGCUACUGUCAUUUACUCCAUAUUUUCAUAAAGAAACUGAUAAAACACACAGGUGCUAAAUCAAGGUGACAUACAAAGAUGAGGACCAAGAGCAAGAGAGGGAGUGUGGUGAUGUAGUGUCCACAACUAAAUAAUUAUCAUGGAAUCUGAAAAGACACAUCCCAAAAGAAUGAUGGUGUACUUACUACAUGCACAUGCUAAAGGAAUGAGGUGGGUAGAUAACUAAGUGUGUCAUUGUAGCAAAGUAUUUAUAAACUAAAAAUAAGAUCUCUUAAAAGUUUUGUUCAUUUUUGUUCUAUUAUCUAUAUAUUAGGCCAUACUUUUGGCCCAAAAGGCCUGGUGUAUUCCCACAUUCAAGGAGCUUUCUGUUUUGAUUGGGUUAUUUUGCCUAAAAACCUUUAGGCCUACCUAUAGAAAAAUAAAAACAACAACUCUGCAUCUCUGCCCAGCCUGGCAAGAGAGGCCAAAAGGCUCUGCAAGUGUUGAGAGGAUAUUCUCCGCUGCUGGCCGGCUUGCCAGGCACCAUCGCAUGAGCCUGAAGCCACAGACUGGCCACACUCGUGUUUCUAAAAAUGAAUUCAAAGGCACUAAUAAGUCAUUUUUUGUUUAAUUUGUAUUUAAUUCUAAUUAACUCACAGCCUAUAUGUGCAAUUUAUAGACUAUAAUGAUUUAAUACAACGAAAUGUUGUUUAAAUGCUGCACACUUUAUGUCCCUACCAGCCUAUUGUGUCGCACUCGCAAAUGCUUCACAAUGUAUUUCUUUGUAGGCUAUAGCCUUGAAAUAAUAUAAAUAAUAUAGCCUAAAUAAUUCGUUUUCGUUCUUAGGCUCCCUGUCUGGCUCCUGACCUAUUUAGAGUGUUUUUAUAUGCCGUUUAAUGACAUCUAGCCUAUUUAAAAUGAUGUUCGCUUCAUACAUUCACCUUUUCAUGUUUAUUCAAAUACUUUUCAUUGAAAUCCAUAUGGUUUGGUUUCAAUACUUAAAAAAACAAUUGAUAGGUCCAGGUAGUCACAGAAAUAGAUGGGUGUGGGUUAAAUUGUGAUUUUUUUUCCUGUGAGCGUGGAGCGGUUUUUAGUGGAGCGGAAGGAGAGGACAUGGAGUGCUGGAGCGGUGAGCAAGCACUGCUCCAUGAGCGAUGAGCAGGAUUUCCAACCGCUCAACUCCGCUCACUUACUCUGGUGGGAUGCAUACCAACCAAAUUUUAGAUAGUGCUACUUUUCAUAACCACAAGAGGCUGCUGCUUUGUCAUUUUACUUAUAAAUAUCAUAAUUGAAAGAGACAAUUGAACCUAUGAUCUGGUAACAAUGUGAAUAGGAAUGAUAAAGCAUAUUGUGGCAAUUAUUAACUCAUUCCCAGCUCAUGGAAGAAGCUGCAUUGGAUGAGGCCAGUGGCUACAACAUACCUCCUGAGCACAGUGGCCCAAGGAACACAGAAAAGACAGCCGCCCACAAGAAACAGGUAAUAAUCCUGCAGUCCUCUUUGAACACAUAUAAUUCGAAGGCUGCAUUUACACAGGAAGCCCAAUUCGUAUCUUUAGACAAUUAUUUGCAUAUCUGAUACCUAUCAGAUUUUUCCCCUAAUGUGUAAACGGCAAAGAAACACAUGGAAUCUGAUAUUUGGACUUCCAAUUCAUACCACCUCCUUUUGUGGACCUCAAUCCUGAAACAAACUCGAUCCUCCAUAUGCAACCUUUGUCUGGACUCUCAGAUCAGAUAUUUUUUUGCUCCUAAGUGUUUUUUAGUUUUUUACAUAACCUGCCAUUACCAUGAAAACCACUCCAAAAUGUAACGAAACAGUGACAGUAAAUGAGCAUUGCAUCUGUGCUACUUCAGAGGCUACAUCAGUGUGAAUGCGCUAAUCGGAUAUGGGUCACAUGUAAAUCUGAGUGAGGACAGAGAAAAAGAGAUCAGAUAUAGAAAGAAUAUCAGAUUUGGGUUCUUAGGGUAGCUGUGUAAACACAGCCAAAGAAUCCCACAAAUAAAACAGACGGUAAAAGUACAAAAUUAAGUAUAUAUUUGUUUGAUCUAUGUUUAAGACACCAGUUGUGUCGUCUUCAUCGUCGAGGACCCCAGCAGCUGCCCUGGCCAGUCAGGCUUCAGACAGUGAUGAGGAUGAGCUUCCCUGGUGCUGCAUCUGUAACCAGGACGCCUCCAUCCUCUGUCACACCUGUGAUGGGGAUCAUUACUGCAACCGCUGUUUCAGGUACUGCACAAUACUACUACUACUACGGCCACAUAACUCGAGCAAAUCAUUACAUUGACAUCUAUGCAAUGAUUUACAAGAAAGUGAAGUUGCACGCAAUUCGUCCCUGUUUGCUUCUCAUGUUUUUUUCAAACAUGACCUAGAUAAAUCUUGUAUAAACUUCUGUCAUUCUGCAGAGCAGUACAUGUAUGAAGUAUUCAGUAUGUUAAAUGAUCAAUCUGCUCUCCGUUUCCCCAAGGAGGGCCAUGAUACGUUUGACAGGAAAGAGGGCCGCACAGCUAGUUACACAGCACCUAUGAUAAACAAGAAGAAGAAGAAGAAGAAGACUACGUGA